CAACAUUCGAACAGGUAACUAAUCUCAACAAUUAGCAAGGGCCGAUAGACAGAUGUGUCGUGCGAGUCUGACUGAUAUUUUCUCCAACGUGGUUCGAUAUUGGCGGGACAUCUUCCGCCUUGUGUUCAGGUGGUUGACACAGGUAGGGUUACGAUAUCAUACCACCAUCAGGAUCUAGUACAUGCAUUAGACCGACUGAAUCCCAGUUCAUGAUCAACAAGCUUACAUCGCGCUGGCAAAUUCCUUGAGUUGCUGCCGUGUCUCCAUCGACUCGCAUCUACAUAUGCGUCUCUGAAUCCCGAGCGUCAAUCAACGGGUGUAUACCUAUUGUUAUCAUCUUCAAUUACCUACCUGUUUCUUCGUCCUACCUUGUCUCAAGAUGGCAGACUCGAGUGCUGCCGAGAAGGGUGUCUUGAGCCGCCACUCUACAGUCUCGCACACACCUGCAUCCUCGACAAGUAUAGAGCCUCCGCUCGACCGUGCAGCAGAAAGACGGCUGUUGCGAAAGCUCGACCUUAGAAUCCUACCAGUGUUGUGGCUUCUGUACCUCGUGAACUUCAUUGAUCGCGCAAACAUCGGUAAUGCUAAGAUUCAGGGCAUGGAGAAAGAGCUCAACCUCAUCGGCCAGCGCUUCAACAUCUGCGUCUGGGUCUUCAACCUGGGCUAUCUAGUUGCUGGUAUUCCCUUGCAGAUCGCGUUCAAGAGAUGCGGACCCAAGAGCCUGUGCGUGAUGAUGAUGACCUGGGGAAUAUGCGUCAUUGGAUGUGGCCUCGUUAAGCGCUGGGAGCAGCUCGUUGUUUGUCGUCUACUUGAGGGUAUGGCGGAAGCUGCGUACAUAUCGGGUGCUGCGUAUCUGAUUGGCGCGUACUACACUAAAGCAGAAUAUCUGACGCGAUUCGUGUUCUUUUGCACCGCAGGAAUAUUGGCUGGGGCUAUCAACGGCUUCCUUUCGUCGCUAAUCGCGAAGAUGGAUGGUGCUGCUGGAUACGGUGCCUGGAGAUGGAUCUUCAUAAUUGAGGGCUGCAUAACAAUACUCGUCAGCCUUGUUUGCUGGCCAGUUGUUCCACCAUUUCCAGAGGAUUGCGACUUUUUGUCACCAGAUAAUAUGACCUUGAUGUUGGCCCGCAUCAAGGCUGAUGGCGGACACGUGGCUGAUGAUGAGAUCUCUUUUGCGAAAGCUAUUCACUAUCUGAAAGACUGGAAGAUUUGGACAGGAGUUGCGAUGAAUCUCGGCGUCACCGAGAACGCGAACUCGCUCGCCAACUUCCAGCCAACGAUUCUCAGGGGCCUUGGCUACACUGCAACCCAAGCACAAGUCCACUCCAUUCCAGUAUAUGUUGUGGGCGCCGUCUUCUCAGUGGCGUUUGCUUAUAUGAGCGAGUACUUGCAGCGUCGCUAUUACUUUUACAUCCUGGGUUGGGCUGUACUUGCGUCCGGCCUUGUAGUUGAGAUCGUUCAUCCGGAGAGUCCGAAGGUUCGCUACAUGGGCAUGUUUUUCAUCGCUUGCGGGUGCUAUCUCGCUAUGCCGAUUUCAAUCAUCUGGGUUUCUAUGAAUACUGGUAGCGGGUACAAACGUGCCGUAGCCAUUGCCGCGAUUAUCAAUUUCGGCACUGCUGGCGCAUUCGUCAGCUCUAACGUUUUCAUGUUCAAAGAGUCACCGAAAUUCCGUACCGGGUUUAGCACUGGCCUUGGUCUGGCAUGUAUGGGAGCCUUGGCCGCCACCAUUACGUGGCUUGGAUGCAAGUGGGAGAACAGGAAACGCGACGAGAUAAGGGCCACGCUACCGGAGGUGUUAGAGAUCAGCGUGAAAGAGUUGGGCGAUGAACACCCUGACUUCCGUUUUGCAUUGUAGGCCGAGUAUGCGUGGGGCUACACGUUGCUGAUUGACUGAAUUUGUAGGGAAAACGUAUGCGGAUCAUGUUCAUUGAGUGCAAAUACAAA